AUGAAUGAAGAUUUCAAAAAAAUGUUGGGUCGUUGCGGCUUUACUGCUAAUUCAACUGAAUGGUUUUAUCCUACUUUAUUGAUAACAUUUAGUCUUAUGAUACCUUGGUCAAUAUCAUUUUACUUUGUAUUUAUUUCUCGACCAUCAUCGGCCACUAUUAGAGCCACAAGAGGCUUAUUAAACUCGAGUGAUCUCAUUAGAUCUCAACCUGAAGACCUCCCGUCUAAAUGGAUAUUUUCCUUAUAUACUGUAUUCGUGACACCUGGAUAUUUAUCGUCUUGUUCAUUUCUUUACAAAACACAGGACGAAAAUAUUUGGAUAGAAAAUAAAAAGUAUGAUAGUAUUUUAGAUGGUUAUCUAUCCAAAUUACCAAUUAUAUUUGACUUGAUAGUACCAUUAGUUUUAAUAUAUUAUCAUAAGGCUUUUAGAAAGAAAUGUAGAGAUUUGUACUUGCAUGGCUUUAGAAACUCUGUUUCUGAUGGCUCUCAAAUGAUGAAAAAAAGAAUUUCAAAUCGUCGUAUUAAAGAAGAUAAAUUGAUCAAUGAUUCUCCAGUUUUAUUUCUUGAAAAUUCUGGAAUAAUUAGUCUGAGAAUACCAAAAGAUAAUGGAUUUAUUAUCACGGCAUGUGAUGUUGACGAAGAUGGCAAUUCAGUUAAUAAAAAAAAAAGAGUCAGCAAAGCUAUUGGGUCAAAUUCAAAAAACAUCAAUGAAAAUGAAGAGUUUCAAAAUGAAGAAUCACAAUUUUAA